AUGGCCUCUCGUCAAUCCAAAUUGGAAGCAGAGCGUAUGGCAAUCAUGCACCAGUCGCAACCUUCAAUUCCUGCCCGUGGCAGAAGCACAUCCCCUGGAAGAGCUAGGGGUAUCAACAGCUCUAGAUCACCAUUGAGGUCUGACGGUGACUUGAAAUGGUCUAUCACCAACCAUGACCCACUGGAAAGACUAGAGAAUGUGGAACAUGAUGCAGAAGUCUCCGAAGAAGAACAUAUAAGUGAUGAUGACGAGAAUGAGAAAUUCCAAUACGAUGACACUGGGAAUAUCUUACCCAACUAUGCCUGUGGAGACGAAAAGAUUGACGAAAUUCUGAACAUAUUAGAAUCGUCUAACCUUAACGAUCAAGAAACUGUGAAGAGAUUGGAGGAAUUAACUGCCGGGGAAAGAGCUUUGGCCAACGCCAGCAGCGUAGGUAUCCAAGUUGGGGAGGAUUACAAGAAGAGAUUGGUUACAGACAAGCAAGAGUUGACUGGGCUGAACGAGUUGGACUUGCUGACAUCAGACCAAGACGCCCUUCGUAGAAAGAAUAAAUUAGAAGCUUAUUCUUCUUAUAGAAGGAAGAUCAUUGACAAGGAAAAUGAUUUAUCUCCACAGGCUACUAGAAGCACCAUUAGCCCGCCUCCCCAGUUGACUCCACAGUCUUCUAACUCUAAUGGUGUAGAAUCAACACCGUCCGCUGAAGUGAAAGAAGGAGGUGCCGUAGACGGCUCUAACGAGGAAUUUAUGAUUCCCUACACUUCUGCGGUAGAAGAUAAGCUUGAUUCAGAAUUUGCAUACCAGCUCAACGAGACAAUCAGAGAAGGUGAGAUUGAUUCCAAUAAGGCACAAUCUCGAAUCAUUCAAACCAUUACUAGAGGUAACUUUUUUCAAUUGAUUAACCCUGAAGUCAAGCCCAAGAUGUUUUUGGUGUGUAUGGAUUUUUCCCCUGAAUCUAUUUUUGCUUUAGAGUGGUGUUUGGGGACUGUUUUGGUUGAUGGAUCAGUUUUGUUUAUUGUAUGUGUAAUUGAAGAGACUGAUGCUAACCAUAUCUUAAAGGGUAAUAGCGCAAACGAAGCACAAAGAGAACAGGCUAGGUUGAAUAUGUUAAACAAGGCCAAACAACAGGUAUUGAAUUUACUUAAGUUGACAAAAUUACAGAUCCAUAUCGUCAUUGAGAUUAUUCAUCACCCUAUUCCAAGACAUUUGAUUUUAGAAUUCAUUGAUAAUUUGCAGCCUACUUUGGUUGUAGUGGGGUCCAAGGGACAAUCAGCAAUCAAGGGUGUGUUGUUAGGUUCUCUAUCCAAUUAUUUGGUCACUAAGCUGUCUGUACCGGUUAUGGUGGUUAGAGAAAAGCUCAAGAAGAUCAAUAGAUUCAAGAAUGGAUCUUCAGUAUUUUCAAAUAACAUUAAGCCUUUGACUUUAUCUGAGGCAAGAGUUGAUUAA